AUGAAGGAGUUGGUUAAGGGGUGGCUGCUCUUUGUCCAAGAGGACUGGGUUCGUCGUUCUGAGGCCGCUAUCGCGGAAGAUGAUGGGGAUUAUGAAUUGCGCCAACGGCGGAAGCUCGUCAAGCAAUGGGCCUCCGCAACACAGGAGUUCCGGGAUAGUUUCCAUGACCGCGCACCCAUUGGCCUUCCCGGAACAGAGAGCGAUGGUGAGGUCCUGGGAGGGUUGCGAUACCCAGCCGAGGCCCUAGAGCGCAUAAACGACACCCAACAGCCCUGCGACCUGAGAGGUGUCAUUUCAAUCGUACCAGUGGAUCCCACGAACACUAUCAAUCGAGCACGAUGGAUGAAAUUCGUCAUGCUGCUUUAUGGGUACGGUAUGGAGAUCACUCACUGUCUACAAACUCACUACAUGCCCUCAGAAGCUGUGCCAAACCCAGCCACCCCGGGAGGCCCAUUUGCGCUUGUGGAUGAGGAGGGGCUACGAACAGGCCGACUUUCCCUGACUGCAUUUAUGGCCAAUGGUGACGUCGAGGACUCUGUUCCUAUCCGGCCUUUCAAUAUGCACAAGCCUUACCUGCAAUAUGGUACGCUUGGAAAAGGACUAGACGAUGCGAAGGGCGCCGAGGGGGCAUUCAUACCUCAGAACGAACCGCUCAAUAUGGAUUUACCUAUUCUCGACAUCCUGUGCAAUGCCCAAGCGGCGAACGAACUAGUCAGUGAGAUGGCAUUAGGCGAUCGUGACCAAUGGAAAGAGGAUGUUGAACGAUACGCACCAGGGUUCUUGGCCCUUGAAGCGAUCGGCAGGGGUGCAGAGUACGAUCUAAACCUUCUGACGCCUGGCGGUGACCUUGGAGGUGGUGUGAAACGAAGAAUGCUCAGGAAAAUGGCGUCUGGUGUGGACCCGCGCUUUACAGUUCUUCCUGGGUUGAGCUUCUAG